AACCUCGUGGGAAUCUUCUUCAUCAUCUCCGUGAGCCGAGCCCGGCCCGCUCUCCGCGUCACCGUACUCGCCUCAACUUAUCUAUCAUACCCAUCGCCGCGCAUCUGAAGUACGAGAAGAACCCCCUCGAGGCGAGGAAGUCGGAAGAGAGGCACCCUCUCAGUACAAUGCCUGCCUUAUGCGGGUCGACAAUGCGAUCGCCCCGCGCGCCCACGUGACGAUCGCACCUUGUUAUGAGCGCCCACCAUGGGCGAAUAGCGCGCCUACAGUCCAUCAUCGCCAGCGACGCCCGCCUCGUCCGCCUCGUCACCUCCAAGCAGCGCGACGCCGCGGCCGUCCCGCUCCCCGGCUGCCGCGUCUUCGAGCACGUCCUCGCGCGCCUGCUGCGCGAGGCCAACGAUGCAGCGGACUGUCGCUUACAUCCCGCGGGGCCGGGCCUGGUGAGCGUGCGCCCGUACUGGCACUACUUUUGGGCGGCGGCGCAGCCUGCGUGGGUCGGGCGGACCGUGCUGGACGUCGCGGCGGAGCGCUUCAAGCCGCCGAGGCCGCGCGAGUUCUACGCGUAUGCGCUCAGGAGCGGCCUCCUGACGCUCAAUGGGCGGCUGACGGACCCGGAUACUACCGUGCGCGCGGGCGACCAGCUGCAGACGGUUGCGCACCGGCACGAGCCGCCGGUGACGGGGGCGGGGGUGAGGGCGAUAUCGCAGAGCGAGGACUUGUUGGUGGUUGAGAAGCCGGGGGGUGUACCCGUGCACCCGGUGGGGCGCUAUCGGUAUAAUUGCUUGACGCAUAUGAUGCGGGAGCAGGGCCUGCCGGCGGUGCGCCCGGUGAGCCGGCUGGAUAGGCUGACGUCGGGGGUGAUGCUGUUCCCGCUGAAUGCAAGGGCGGCGGGGCGGCUGGGGGUGGCGCUGCGGGAUGGGCGGGUGAGGAAGGAGUAUUUGGCAAGGGUGAGGGGGCGGUUUCCACGAGAGCCCGUACUGUGUAAGGAGAAGCUGCUGCUAGUGCAUAGGCAGCUGGGGCUGAGCAUUGUGCAUGAGGAGGGGAAGCCUUCCGCGACAGCCUUCGUACGCGUCAGCUACGAUGCGAAGACGGAUACGAGUCUCGUGCUGUGUCGACCGUACACUGGACGUACGCACCAGAUUCGGGUACACCUCUUGCAUUUGGGGCAUCCGAUUCCGAACGACCCGUACUAUGCUGAUUCUAUAUGGAACGCAUCACCGGAUGCGUUGGACGGCUCAGCACCUCCACUCGAGCUGGAGCUUCCUCCGCUGGACAACGACGCGUCAGCGGAGAUCGAGUCCGGGGAUGUGCAAACGGAAAUCCUCCCGUCCGACCUUACGCUGCCCGACCUGGAAUCGCCAGACUCUGCCUGGGAAGCCAUACGAACCGCCGUUGCUCGCGCGAAGGCGGAUAUUCAGGCGGCGCAUGCGGAUGAGGUGGCGCCUGCCACGACGGAUGGGCUCCUACCUUCAGCUCCUCCUGCCAUCCCCACUCAAACCUCCUCCGCUACCCCACCCACUUCCCCCACCACCUCACACGCCUCUUCCUUCACCACUCUGACUGCCUCCACACCUCUCAUCGAGCCCCCACUUACCAUCGGCGACCGCCCUGCCUGCGCAGCUUGCCUGCGGCCCCUGCCUCGUCAACCGACUCAGGACCAGCUGAGGAUAUAUCUGCACGCGCUGCGAUAUACAACGUCGGAGGGGGUGUUCGAGGCGGGCUUGCCAGAUUGGGUGUUGGAGGAGUAGAGGACUCACGUACACAAUUUAUUGUCGAAGCAAAUGCAGAACAUGGUCAUCGAGUGUUCGUGAUACUAAGCAUGAUUUCUCAACGACAGCAAGGUGUGAUAUGUAUACAAGUAGAAGGGGUGAAAUGGAGGAGGAG